AUGGGAGUGAAACGGUCCUUCGAGACCUUAAUCGAAGACUGUCGUGAAGACGCUCGACUCCGGGUAGCCCAGACCAAUGUUGUAUCCCGCCAUUUGAGGCGCAUCUUCACAGCAACAAAGGCCUUCAAGCACUCAGUGUUGGCAGAUCAUGAUUUGGAGACACUGGGGAUCAAGUUGUUUGAACUCGACCUUCAAGGAGCAUGUUCAGAUGUCCAACAGUCAUUUUACCACCCACUACCGAAAGCAGAAUUACCGGAGAUUAACUGGGACAAUGUGCACUUUUCAAAAUGGCAUGAAGGACGCGCCGAAGAGUCACUCCGGGUUUGUUUGACCCUACAAAGUGUUUCCGGCAGAGUCUUUGCUGCAUGGUUUCGUGAUCGCAAGCCCCAACCCUGGGUCCAUCGGCAAUGCUACCGCGCAAAUCCCCGAAUUGCUAGUGGCGAGCAUACGCCAGAUGUACCGUAUUCAUGGCAGACUAUUGGGGAAAUGGAAGCAGAUUCGUUGGAUAUCCCCCAUUGCAUUUUCCAGAUGUACAACUACGCUGAUCCCGAAGAACCCCUUCGCCGGAGUGAAGUCCUGCCCAUUGUCGGUUUCAUGCGAUGGCGGCUGAAUCGAUUCAAUUAUAUUAACCAUCGCACAUUCCCGGUCCUGGUCGUUUCCAUCUUCCGCUCUCAAGCUCGAAUUUUGCAAGCGUAUCACGACGGAGAAUACCUUCGCAUCUCGAAAAGCAAGUUUAUUGAUUUCACCGAGAAUUGUCGCGAGAAUUAUGAACUGUUUGUGCGGUGGAUCUACAGCAUUCCCUGCGGGGACACUCAAGCCCCUCUGGCAAUCAAGGGCGAGGAGUUGUCCCAGCGGAGCUACGAGCAGAUCGAGAAGGGAUUUCGUCAUCUUGCACGACAGGCAGAGGCCUACCAUAAACGCAAGAAGAUGGAGGAAUAG